UGACGCGCAUGCGCUGUGUGGUGGCGGCGUCCUGUGAUGGCGGCGGCCGAGGCUGAGGCGGGCGGCGCGUGCUUUGGCAUGGCCGCGGCCGCGGGCCCUGCGGUGGACGAGGCGGGGGCCGCGGGCCUUGCGGUGGACGAGCGUGAGGCCGAGGCGGGCGCCGCGGGCCCUGCGGUGGCCGAGGCCGAGGCUCCGCCGCCGCCGCUGCCGGGGCUGCAGCUGGUGCAGCAGGGCGCCGAGGCGCGCGUUUACCGGGGGCUCUUCCUCGGGCGGGCGGCGGUGGCCAAGCUCCGCAUCCCGAAGCGGUAUCGCCACCCGGCGCUGGAGGAGCGGCUGAGCCGGCGGCGCAUGGCUCAGGAGGCGCGGUCGCUGCUGCGGUGCCGGCGGGCAGGGAUUUCAGCUCCAGUGGUCUACUUCGUGGAUUAUGUCACCAACUCCAUAUAUCUUGAAGAUAUUGUGGGCUCAAUUAGUGUUCAAGAUCAUAUUAAUUCUGUACAACAGAGUGGAAAUGAUACCAGUAGCCUCCUUACCUUAGCAGAGAAGAUGGGUGAGCUGUUAGCAAGAAUGCACGAUGAAGAUCUUAUACACGGGGAUCUUACAACUUCCAAUAUACUUCUGCGGCCACCCACGGAGAAGCUGGACUUGGUGCUGAUAGACUUUGGACUCAGUUUUAUUUCAGGUCUUCCGGAGGAUAAAGGAGUUGAUUUGUACGUUCUGGAAAAAGCCUUCCUUAGCACUCAUCCGGAUACUGAAACUAUGUUUAAAGCUCUGCUAAAGACGUAUGCAGCUACAUCAAAAAAAUCUGGUCCGGUGAUCAAAAGGCUGGAUGAAGUUCGACUAAGGGGAAGGAAGAGAUCCAUGAUUGGGUAGAAGAGAGUGGGCUUAGGGAUGGAGAAAUAUUGCUGCUUAGUUUCUGCAAAUAUGGUUAU